AUGAAGUUAAAUUACAUCUCGGCUAUACCCAACCUAAGCGGCAAACUACAAGCGCUUCUGCGAUUGCUUUUCUCAAAUGUCGGUGUGGAGUGUUGUGGAGUGUUGUCUGUCCUUCUGCAGAUGUGCGGCAGUUCGUUCGGUGGCGGCACGUUCUUCGACGAUGGCGGUCAGCCGUUAUGCGAGACACACUAUCACGAGCGUCGCGGCUCGUUGUGUCACGAAUGUCGCGCACCGAUCUCAGGCCGUUGUGUGACGGCAAUCGGCAGGAAAUUCCAUCCAGAGCAUUUCCGAUGCUCUUACUGUAAUCGACAGCUCACCAAAGGCACCUUCAAGGAGGUUGAUCGUCGUCCAUUCUGUCAUAAAUGCUACAAUAACACUUAUGCCCUC